AUGGCCGCAGGAGCAGAAGCAGUAGCUGAAUGCUUAAAACGAACGCUGGAACCAAACGCACAGAUACGACGGAUUGCGGAAAAUGAUUUGAAGCAAAUGGAGCAAUUGCCUGGAUUUGGGAUGGUUUGUUUUGAACUUAUAUUCAGUCAACAAACGCUUCCCGCAGUUGCAUUGGCCUCGGCGGUAUCACUCAAGAAUUUUGUCAAAGAAAAUUGGAAUAAGGAGAAAUGUUUGGUUGAAAUAAACGAUGAAGAACGAUCACAGCUGCGGUCAAGGGCACUGGAAAGUAUGCUUAGCACUUCAGGGAAUAUUCAGAAGCAGUUGUCGCAAGUGGUGUGUGUUAUGGGAAAGCAUGACUUUCCUGAAGAAUGGCCUGAUCUAAUCACAAUUUUGGCCCAAAAUCUAACAGGAAUUGAUCUAGAUAAACUUACAUCAACGUUAUAUACACUGGAUGAGCUCUGUAAGAAAUACAGAUAUGAAGUGAAAUCUAAUAGAUUAUGGCAGGAAUUGGUCAUUGUCUUGCAGGCGAUAGCAGCACCAUUAACCGAUUUAUUUGCAAAAAUGAUAGAAUGUAUCCCAAAUAAGGAUUUGAUGUCGGAAACAGAAUGUCGGUCAUGGAUUGAAGUUACUACUCUCAUUACGAAAUGUUUUCAUUCUCUUUGUUCACAAGAUUUGCCGGAGUAUUUCGAGGAUCACUUAAAUACAUGGAUAAAUGGUUUUAUGGCACUAUUGCGAUUGCAAAUUCCUCAAAUGGAUGCAGCAAGCAUCGAUUCAGAGGCUAAUAUUCUGGAUAAACUGAAGUGUUGUAUAUGUGAAAUUAUCACGCUUUACUCUCAACGUUACGAGGAAGAAGUAAUGCCUUUCAUGAUGCCGAGUGAUAAGAGUUCGGCUACACACGAAAAAGUAGAACAAGAGUAUUGGCUAAUAGAAUGUAUUUGGCAACUACUAGUUUCAAUCGACGAGAAAGCGAGGUAUGACACUCUAGUGAACGCAUCGCUUGGCUUUCUAUCCUCGGUUUGUCAACGAUCUCAAUAUUCAACAAUUUUCGAUCACGAGGAGAUGUUAAGGACGCUAUGUGAAGAUGUAAUAAUUAAGAAUGUAAUGUUAAGGAAAUGCGAUUUUGAGCUUUUCAAGGACGAUCCUUUUGAAUAUAUGAGAAAGGAUAUUGAAGGUUCUGAUAUUGGUACACGACGUCGUGGGGCAAGUGAUUUCUUGAGGUCACUUUGUCGCCGACCUGACGAAUCUCGAAUUUUGGCUAUCUUAUCAAGGGUAUUACAAUCAUUUUUGCAAGAAAGUGUAGCAGAUCUCACUAAUAACUGGUUGAAGAAAGAUGUCGUUUAUUGCUUAAUAACAGCAGUUGCGGUGAAAGCAGAGACUGUAAAGCAUGGUGCGACUGUUACUAGUGAUCUCGUUGAUGUAGUCGAUUUUUAUCAGACACACGUACAUAGUGACAUAUUUAUGGAUGAUGUUAAUGCAUUACCAAUAUUAAAAACUGAUGCACUAAAGUACAUUGUCGUGUUCCGGAAUCACUUACGGCCAGACCAUUUGAUAGGAGUUGUCAGUGCAUUUUUGAAAUUACUUUCUUCACGUCAUACAAUCUUGCACCAAUAUACCGCCUAUGCUCUAGAAAGGCUUAUGCUUGUGAGAUGCAAAGAAACUGGAAAGGUUUUAUUAACACAUGAGAAUGUACCAUUGGGUUCACUGAUUGUUGCUUUAUUCGCUUGUUUUGAAGCUGAUCCGAAGGCACAGAACUCACAUUAUCUCAUGAAAGCUUUAAUGCGUUGCUUCAAUAUUAUCGACACGGAAACGGCAAAAAGUUCUGCCCACAUUGUUGACAAGCUGGCUACUAUGAUUGGUGUUGCUGUGAAAAAUCCAGUUAAUCCAUUGCAUCUUCAUUUUGUCUUUGAGUCACUGUGUGUACUGAUAAAACAGGUUUACGCAGUAGUGGAUGGUGGCAUCGAUAAGUUUGUGGUGCCCCUUAUAGAAAAUAUUUUUUCCUCAGAUGCCGUUGAUUUUGUGCCAUAUGCACUACAAAUUACAGCUCUUUUAUUGGAUCAGGCUGAAGCUCAAAAACAAAAGACAGGUACGUCGUGCGUGGAUAGCUAUUUACCUUUCUUUGGUAAUCUUAUGAAAGGUGAAUUGUGGCUGCGAACAGCUAAUAUUCCUGCUGCAUUAUUGGUUAUUGAAUCGUUUAUGCGCAGUCACGGAAAACAUAUUUUGGAUAAUUAUUCAAACAGCCUUUUGGCGGUCUUCCAGAAGUUAAUUUCUUCGAAAGCUUUAGACCAACACGGUUUCCAACUAGCUAGUAUAUUCCUUCACUAUGUAAAUCAGGUUGAUGUAUUAACGGAAUCCGCACUCCUAAUCCCAAUGUUACGACGAAUUCAGUUCACGAAAACAACCAAAUUUAUGAAGAAUUUCGUUCUCUUUCUAGCUCGAUUUGCGAUUUUACGAGGAAGUGUAGUUCUUUGUCAGGUUCUGGAAUCAAUACAAACGGGUAUGUUUAUGAUGGUUGUUGAGAAAAUUCUGAUUCCUGAAUUGGGCAAAAUGUACAAUACUACAACCUAUGAUGAAAAGCGACUGUGUUGUAUUGGUUUUGCCAAUCUUGCAGCUGACACAGUGGACAAAUUAGGACUGCAAUAUGGAAUAUUGGUUGAAUCAUUAGUACGAUUAGUGGAGGCUUCUGCUUGUGGUCCAACUCCUCUGAAUGCAGAUGAUGUUGAAGAACAGGGAAUAGGACUUUCCACACUGGAAUUGGAACGGAAUGAUCCCUACUGCAAGCUGAGUUAUGCGCAACAUCCGGAUGUAAUUGCUGCAGAAAUUGUCAAUUUUAAAGCAUAUCUGGCUGAAGCUGUAAUGGUACGCGCUGUAAUUCUUAAAGCAGAUUCAGCAAGUUGUAUUAAUGAAGAAAUACGCGGUUUCCUUGCCGGAUAUGCGCAGCAAGUUUAA